GCCAGGCCAUCCAACGUUGGCAGAAGCAAUCCUUCUAAGUCUGUAUCUUGGUAUGAAUAGAGUAGAGUAAUAUAAGUACUUUCUUUGACCAAUUGCACGAGUCGCUGACGCUGCUGGUUCCACUAUCUAUUGCCCGUCAUUGCAGCUCCAUAUUGUGGCGAGUCUGAACACAGCCUUCGUGCAGCGUCAGCGAUUCAGCUAGGCGCCAUUCACGUUCGAAACACCCAACGCUCCGUCCGCACCCCCACCCCCCUUGGAGCCCUCUUUCACUCUGCUGCGACCUUCACAAUUCACCCUUUUCACGAGAUCCUCAUUCACACCUUCGAUACCCUCUGCGUAAUCUGCGAGCAUUGAAUUCCCGAGUUCAAUCGAUAAGCUAAACCCCAGGUUUCAGCUACUUCCCCGACUUGGACGCUCCAAUCGACCACCCAAACAAGCCGCACAACACAAGAAUGGGGUUCUUAAGCAAGAAGAAAGACGAAGGAGAGGACGGCGGCCGAUCUGCCCUCUUCGGUAGCAGGAAGAAGGGCAAAAGCAGCCCAGCCGCACAGAACCCUUAUGCCGCCCCUCCGACGAACGACCCCUACGCCCAACCACCACCCUCGUACUCUAGCGGCGGCGGUAACAAUAACAACUCGUUCCGUGAAGAGAAAACGCCUUCUGUGACUGGGCCUGGUCAGAACUUUGGACAACGACCUGGAGGCUAUGGCGCCCAAGGAGGAAGCUACGGUGGACAGUCCGGCUAUGGAAACGACCGCUAUGGCGCAGGAGCACCAGCUCCUCAGCGUCCCGGAGGUUAUGGCGGCCUCGGAAGAACUGCGUCAAAUGACACCAUGAGCACAGAGGUUGGCCGCAAUGAGCUAUUCGGCAACGCAGCUCAGCGCCAGCAAGCGCAGCCACAGCAGCAGCCAGGUGGCUACGGUCAAAGCGGCGCUUAUGGGGAUAACAGCCAGAGAAGUGGAACCGGCGCUGCGCCCGGUGGAUAUGGCUCUACGCCUGGCGGCUACGGGGCCUACGGUGAUCGCGAAUUGACGGCUGAAGAGCAGGAAGAGGAGGAUAUUACUGCUACGAAGAGCGAGAUCAAGUUCAUGAAACAGCAGGAUGUGUCGAGCACGAGAAAUGCGCUGAGACUUGCUCAGCAGGCCGAGGAAACUGGAAGAGAUACUCUGGCGAGGCUUGGUGCGCAGGGCGAGCGCAUUCAUAACACUGAACGCAACCUGGAUCUUGCGAGUACACAGAACAGGAUUGCGGAAGAGAAGGCUCGAGAGCUGAAGACCUUGAACAAGUCCAUGUUCGCCGUGCACGUCGCAAACCCCUUUACAGCUUCAUCUCGUCGCCAAGACCGUGAUCGUAAGAUCAUGGAGAACCACCACAAUGACCGAGAACAGCGCGAUGCAACCCGCAAAGCCGCCUGGGAGUCCAACUCCCGCACCGAAGGCGUGAACCGCUCAGCGCAGGGCAUGGGUGGUGCGAAGAGCCAAUCCACGCUAGCUGACAGAGCGAGGUUUCAGUUUGAAGCUGAUAGCGAUGAUGAUCAGAUGGAGAAUGAAAUUGAUGGAAAUCUCGAUGCUCUCCAUGGUGCGGCCAAACGCCUCAACCAGUUAGGUCGUGCGAUGGGCGAGGAGGUUGAAACGCAAAACGGGCAUAUUGACCGUAUCAUUGGGAAAACUGAUAAGGUCGAUGAUCAGAUUGCUAUGAACCGCGCCAGGUUGGAUCGCAUUAAGUAGGUUGAUAACCCGCAUGACGGUGGAGUGUGACAGGGAAUUGUUUGAGACCGAUCGAAGUGGCAUAGAUAGGCGUUGGUUAUUCUACUACAUAGCUCAUGAACUGGAUUAUAGAGCACACAAACCACUACUUUCCUAUUAGCUAUCUGUUCACAUAAUAUCUCUACUCCUGCAGCG